GACACUCCACAUUCACUCCUACAAAAGACUGUUUUAAGGCUUGGAACGCAUUAGUUCUUUUUCCAUUCAUUGUAAUGGGAAAAAUCCAUUCAGAUUUCCAACAAUUCGCUUCUCAAACGGCCGUCAGGAACGGAUUGUGGUGGAGAACCGAGGCACCACUUUAUAUAUUUUUAAUUUAAUAAUACGUUUUAAAAAUCAAUGGAUGAAAAUAAUAAGGCUUUUUUGGGCAAAACUGUGUCCAAAUACAAUAUAAAAAUAUUUCCCAAACUCCACGUGGAGGAGUGAAAGGGUGAAGCUCCUGUACAAAGAUGUUCAGGUGCAGAUGGGUGUUUCCUGUCCAAGAUGGCCGCCACUGAAGAGGAUGAAAUAAGAGCAUGAAUACACUCGUGUCUGUUGUUGCAGCAUCAUCAGACGAAGAGGACAUUUAUCGUUCAAGUUCAGAUGCUGAAGAUGAAGACCCGGAACCUCAAGUACAGACUCCCUGCAGGUACUACAACCAGGGCGGGUGUCGCCAGGGCAGCAGGUGUCUGUACCCGCACGUCUGCGUCUUCGCCGUCCAAGGAAGGUGUCGCUAUGGCAACAGGUGCAGACUGACACACCCUGACGGCUCCGCCCAGCAGGCGCCCUCUGCAGCCCCCAGCCUCACCGACGGCCGGCGCUUCCAGUGGCAGCUGAGCAGUGGAAGCUCCUGGAUGGACGUCAGCAACGACCACGUGAUCGAGGCUCAGUUCUCGCUGCCCCACCGGGCCUCCAUCACGGUCUUCAACACUCCAUACGGGAGGGUCACCUUCAGCUUCCCCAGGAUGAGAGUGGAGGGCAAGGACCUGAGGAUGAGACGCCUGGACGACGGCGCCACCCAGUGGCUGUGGUUCUGCAAGCUGGACUCCAAGUGGGUGGAGUACGGGGCGCAGGACCUGAACGGAGCUUCCGGUGGAGUCAAGAGUUCAGACAUCGAGGAGCAAUUCCAGAAUAAUCCAACAGGUUCUUGCACCUUCAACAACGGAUGUUGGACCUUCACUGUCAGCUUUAAAGAUAUGCAGCAUGUGAGCCCAAACCUGAGCGCCAGAGUCGCUCGCCGCCCGCGCUACCGAGAGAAAACCUCAUUCGUGUUGAGCAGCCUGAGCGCAGCCCUCGGGCAGAUGUUCCGCAGCCAACCGCGGUGGCAGUUUGUCGGGGACAGAGGCGGCGUGUGGUGCGACUUUGAGGGCGCCUCUGCCGUCUGCUCGCUCAGCAGUGACGACAUCGAGAGGAGCUACCAGCUGAACCCACGGGCCACAGUGACCUUCAGCGUCUGGGGUCAACCGUACAAGCUGGACCUCGGCGAGAUGACUCAAACCAACCUCGUGACUCGGAACGUGCGAAGGAUUCGGCGAGUUCUGCUGUGACUCACCUGCAGGACCGAGCUCACCGUCCUCAGGAUCUCAUUCGGCGCUGUGUUUUCUGCCUUCUUUGUUUUCUGUCUUCCACUCACGUUUCAUUGGUUUAUUUAAAAGCUUAUAUUUAAACGUUGGGCUUUUAAAAUCCCCUCUCUUCUUCAGUGUUCUGACAAUUACCCAUUACUUUUACAGCGAGAGCAGCAAAAAAGCAAAAGCAAAAUCUCCAGUAAAACCAAAUUCAACGGGCUUUUCACUAAAACGUCAAGUAAACUGUAUUUCCACACAUUGAUACUGAGGUUUAACAAUAUAUGGACCUAGCGCUAACUUCGCAAAACUAAUUCAAACGUUGCAAAUUGAGCGAUGAACGUUUGGAAGCAGUUUGUCCCUAUGGACUUGCCGUAUCAUCAUGUCAUCGUAUCAUCAUGGGACUUGUAGUUGACAGGGAUUCGGAAGGCAAAACACUCUGGUUUUGAUGUAUUGGCGAUUUCUCUCGCUACAAGUGAAGUAGAAACGGUCGUAGAAAACUCUGAAAACACGGUGUUGGAAAUGAAACUGUGACUGUGCCUAAAUUGCGAGUCAGAUAAAUAUUGUUGUUUCACUCAGCUCAGCUUCAUUAAAUACUUCUGUGUGUUGUCUUUAAAAUAAAUCAUAUACUUUGAUUUGUCUCUCACAUUCAUUGACUUUAA